ACAGCUGUCAAAACAAGAGACAUGCUUAAUAGAGUGACAGUUGCCGAAGAAAACGUCUGGAGAACACGAAGUGUGCUCUGUCUAGACAUGACGAUGCUCAGGUUGAAAGAGUAGCGAGGGAAUCCCUGGAUGGGGAGGACACUAAAUUUCUGGGUCUGGGAUUCGCUCGAGCAUCGACCGUCAUGUAUUUUUCUUACCUUGUUGACCAGGCGUUUCAACAUCAAAAACACGUUGUUUAAAAAUAAGGAUAUAUACAAUUUUUUGGCGCCCUCUGAAUGUAACAGACAGACCUUAUGCUUACACCUGUCGCUUAUCAUCGACUGGUAUCAAUCCACUUCCUGAUAUGGUAACCGAUACUUUAUCUAUUACUGAGAUAGUAUGCUUCCACAGUACGCUUCCAUCGUUAUAUAUAAUACCACCCGUUUUCUACUCUUCAUCCAAGGAAAACGAGCAACUAACUCAGCUUUUCCCUUCACAGUUUCCCAAGGUCACCUGCAACUCUAAUCUACGCUGUUUCCGUUUCCUCCGUUGGACCAUCCUGGUACCCCUGGUCAUCUACCUUUCCCUCCUGUUCGUCAAGUACCAAAAGAACGUGCCCCUGAAGAGCCUAGCGUCCACGGACAAGGACAAAGAGAGCGAGAUGAUCGAGAAUCUGUUCGUCGAACUGGAGGCGGUGACAGUCGAUACGAGCAAUCUCGAUCGCUACAAGGGCCAGAGGUACGAUCGCAGGGACGAGCAGAGUAUAAAGGAGGCGGAGGAAGCGGAGAAUCGCGAGAGCCCGCGGAUGUUGCUCGAGGACAUCUUUCAGAGGGCUGACGUCGACCAGGAUCAGCUGUUGGACAUCCUGGAGCUGGCCAAGUGGAUUCACACCAAGAUCACGGAGCACGUCAGCCGUGCCAUGCGCGAAAACGUUGGCUUGUUCACUGCGAUUGACAAUAAUCCGCGGAACGGUGAGGUGUCGUGGGAAGAGUACCACGCAUACUUUCUCCGGUCGCACGGCUUUCCCGAGAGCUACAUCAGCUCUCACGACAAGAAACACAGCGACAUGUCGCGAAGCUUGAAAGAGAGCAUCAUGAGGGACAGAGCUAGAUGGACCGAGGCCGCUAGGAACGAUCCAGAGAGGCUGGCGCUGGACGAGUUCCUGGCUUUCACUCACCCUGAGAGUAGCCACAGGGCGCUCCUGCAGAUGGUGGACGACCUGUUUGAAAAGUUUGACCGUGACGGAGACGAGCAGCUUACAGAGGAUGAGUUCUCAGACUUGCCUGCUGACGGGAUGGGUCUGGAUUUGAGAGAAGACAAGCACGAGACCGUGGGUGGAAGCGAAGACAGGCGACAGGAGUUUCGGCAUCUGAUAGACAAAAAUAAAAAUGGCAAGGCUGAUAGAAUAGAGCUUUUGAUGUAUAUAGAUCCAACGAAUCCGAGGCAUGCAAUUCAAGAAGCUCAGCAUUUGAUUAAUCUGUCGGACACGAAUCUCGAUGGGAAGCUGAACCUUCCAGAAAUUCUGAGCAAAAUGGACCUGUUCCUGGGCAGCAAGAUGGUGGACACCGAGGGAAGCUUCCACGACGAGUUUUGAUCGACUGAAAACAGAUUUCGAAGGAGAUGGAGGAGAGGAUUAAUAGAAAAUGAAAGGCUGAAAGAUCAACAUUUCUAUCGUAUUUUGUAGAAAAGAACGGUACCCUUUUUCUAACCAAAAUUGCUCACUAUUUUCAUACUAUUUCAGUAAAGACCAAACUGAAAUUAUUAGUUGAAUUCUGGUUUCCUCGAAUCGCGUUUUAAAAAGGUCCACUAACACUCGAACAGACAAUAUUUGUUAGUAAUAUUAUCUUUCUCGAGAUUAUCCUGUUAAGUCAGAAAUCACUUAUACAACCAGGUGAAAGUUUAUUUUUUCAUCCGACGAAGCUAUACUGUUGUUUCUAUGCUUCUAGCGUUAAUUCUAUUCUUGUGUUUAUAUCAUAAACUUUAUAAUACACGUGCAUUCGUUGAAUUUAACAUAAGGAAUUGGUUGAGUCAUAAAGUUGUUUGCAGAACAAAGUGUGAGAUUUUCGCUGAAAGUGAUAUCGCCAAGUCGAUAGAACUUCCAACGGACUUUGUAGAAUAUUUUUAAAACGCAUCUGUGAUAGUCUUCGCGACGUAGAAUAUUAUUUCAUUGCCUGCAACUGACCUAGAAUUAAGCGAGUUUCUAAUUUCUUAUUUACAAUUAUCUAAGUAUUUACAGCGUCACAAUUUUUUCCCUCUUUACUACAUUUAAACCUUGAAGAUCAAAUUCACGAAUCCGUCCCAUUAAUGGAUCAUUACUAUUGUUUAUCAACUGUAUCUUAAAAGAAGGUAAUAUAGCAUU